AAUCGGCGAGAGGCUCGUUACGGCGGCGGAAGCAGCGGCGCUGAGAGAGGGGUGGGGGGCAGAGAGCUAGCGCCCCGGCGGCGCGGGUCUGGAUCCCGAGGACGUCGGCCCCACAGGCGGGGAGUGCACGCGAGGGAGCUCGAGGCGGCGCGGCGGCCACUCGGCGAAGCACCCAGGUGGAAAUGAGCUCUCAACAGUUUCCUCGGUUAGGAACCCCUUCCUCUGGGCUGAGCCAGCCACCUUCACAGAUUGCAAACAGUGGCUCUGCAGGAUUGAUAAAUCCAGCUGCUACGGUCAAUGAUGAAUCUGGUCGAGAGGCUGACGUCAGCGCCAGGGAGCACCUGGGUUCCAGCAGCUCCCUCCAGGCCCGGGAGGAGAAACAAGAGCCCGUCGUGGUAAGGCCCUACCCACAGGUGCAGAUGUUGUCUACUCACCAUGCUGUCGCAUCAGCCACACCUGUCGCAGUGACAGCCCCACCAGCACACCUGACGCCAGCAGUGCCACUCUCAUUUUCGGAGGGACUUAUGAAGCCGCCCCCGAAGCCCACUAUGCCUAGCCGUCCCAUUGCUCCUGCUCCACCUUCUACCUUGUCACUUCCCCCCAAGGUUCCAGGGCAGGUUACCGUUACCAUGGAGAGUAGCAUCCCUCAAGCUUCAGCCAUUCCCGUGGCAACGAUCAGUGGACAACAGGGACAUCCCAGUAACCUGCAUCAUAUCAUGACCACAAAUGUACAGAUGUCUAUUAUCCGCAGCAAUGCUCCUGGGCCGCCUCUUCACAUUGGAGCUUCUCAUUUACCUCGAGGUGCAGCUGCUGCUGCUGUAAUGUCCAGUUCUAAAGUAACCACAGUCCUGAGGCCGACCUCACAGUUGCCAAAUGCUGCCACAGCACAACCAGCAGUACAGCACAUCAUUCACCAACCAAUCCAGUCUCGUCCACCUGUGACCACCUCCAAUACUAUCUCUCCUGCUGUGGUAGCAACUGUCUCAGCCACCAGAGCUCAGUCUCCAGUCAUCACUACAACAGCAGCACACGCUACUGAUUCAGCACUGAGUCGGCCCACUUUGUCUAUCCAGCAUCCACCAUCUGCAGCAAUUAGUAUCCAGCGUCCUGCGCAGUCUCGGGAUGUGACAACAAGAAUCACACUGCCAUCUCACCCUGCAUUAGGGACACCAAAACAGCAGCUUCAUACAAUGGCUCAGAAAACCAUCUUCAGUACUGGUACACCAGUUGCUGCAGCAACAGUAGCACCUAUUUUGGCAACCAACACCCUUCCUUCAGCAACCACAGCUGGAUCUGUGUCACACACACAAGCUCCCACGAGUACAAUUGUUACCAUGACAAUGCCCUCCCAUUCAUCCCACGCGACUGCUGUGACCACCUCCAACAUCCCAGUUGCUAAGGUGGUGCCUCAGCAGAUCACACACACUUCUCCAAGGAUCCAGCCUGAUUAUCCUGCAGAGAGGAGUAGCCUGAUUCCCAUCUCCGGACACCGGGCCUCUCCAAAUCCUGUAGCCAUGGAAACCCGGAGUGACAACAGACCAUCUGUUCCUGUUCAGUUUCAGUACUUUUUGCCAACUUACCCACCCUCUGCAUACCCCCUGGCUGCACACACCUACACCCCAAUCACCAGUUCUGUGUCCACUAUUCGACAGUACCCAGUUUCAGCUCAAGCUCCGAACUCUGCCAUCACAGCUCAGACUGGUGUUGGGGUGGCAUCUACAGUCCAUCUAAACCCCAUGCAGUUGAUGACAGUGGAUGCAUCACAUGCACGACAUAUCCAGGGGAUCCAGCCUGCACCCAUCAGUACACAGGGGAUCCAGCCUGCACCCAUUGGGACUCCAGGGAUACAGCCAGCACCAAUUGGCACACAGGGAAUCCACUCAGCAACUCCAAUCAACACUCAAGGGCUUCAGCCUGCACCAAUGGGUGCUCAGCAAUCACAACCUGAAGGAAAGACUUCAGUGGUGUUGGCAGAUGGAGCCACAAUUGUAGCCAACCCUAUCAACAAUCCAUUCAGUGCUGCUCCAGCAGCAACCACUGUGGUACAGACCCACAGCCAGAAUGCUAACACCAACGCUCCUGCCCAGGGCUCUUCCCCCCGGCCAAGCAUACUCCGGAAGAAACCUGCCACGGAUGGAAUGGCAGUUCGGAAAACCCUCAUUCCUCCCCAACCUCCUGAAGUGGCCAGCCCUCGAGUGGAGAGCUCUAUGCGGAGUACAUCCGGGUCACCAAGACCUGCAGGUGCCAAACCUAAAUCUGAAAUCCACGUGUCUAUGGCCACUCCUGUCACUGUGUCCAUGGAGACUGUAUCCAAUCAAAAUAAUGAUCAGCCUACCAUUGCGGUCCCUCCCACUGCCCAGCAGCCUCCUCCGACCAUUCCAACCAUGAUUGCUGCCACCAGUCCCCCCUCACAGCCGGCCGUUGCGCUCUCAACCAUUCCUGGAGCAGUCGCCAUCACUCCACCCAUCACUACUAUUGCAGCUGCACCACCACCAACAGCCACUGUGGGUGGCAGCCUCUCCUCUGUCAUAGGGCCCCCUAUACCUGAGAUCAAAGUGAAAGAGGAAGUAGAGCCAAUGGACAUCAUGAGGCCAGUUUCCGCAGUUCCUCCACUGGCCACCAACACUGUGUCUCCGUCUCUUGCGUUGCUGGCAAACAACCUGUCCAUGCCUCCAAGUGACCUACCACCUGGUGCCUCCCCGAGGAAGAAGCCUCGGAAACAGCAGCACGUGAUCUCAACAGAAGAAGGGGACAUGAUGGAGACGAAUAGCACUGAUGAUGAGAAGUCCACUGCCAAGAGUCUGCUGGUGAAGGCCGAGAAGCGCAAGUCUCCGCCCAAGGAGUAUAUUGAUGAAGAAGGUGUGAGGUAUGUCCCAGUUCGUCCAAGACCUCCCAUUACUUUGCUUCGUCACUACCGGAACCCUUGGAAAGCUGCCUACCACCACUUUCAGAGGUAUAGUGACGUCCGCGUCAAAGAGGAGAAGAAAGCUAUGCUGCAGGAAAUAGCUAAUCAGAAAGGAGUAUCCUGUCGCGCCCAGGGCUGGAAAGUCCACCUCUGUGCUGCCCAGUUACUACAGCUGACAAAUCUGGAACAUGAUGUUUAUGAAAGACUUACCAACCUACAGGAAGGAAUAAUCCCAAAGAAAAAAGCGGCAACUGAUGAUGAUCUGCACCGAAUAAAUGAACUAAUACAGGGAAACAUGCAGAGGUGCAAGCUGGUGAUGGAUCAAAUCAGUGAGGCCAGAGACUCCAUGCUUAAGGUUUUAGAUCAUAAAGAUCGUGUCCUGAAGCUUCUAAACAAGAAUGGAACUGUCAAAAAAGUGUCGAAGUUGAAGCGAAAGGAAAAAGUCUAGACCAAGAAGAAUCAGGAAUUUGGAAACAAUUUAUGAAGAAUGAUGAUGGGGGUGGGGGAGGGCUUUGGUUUUUUUCAAAGGAGCAUUGAAAUAAAAGUAGUGUUCCUUCAUUCACGCGUGAAAGCAGAGGGACCCAUGGCAUUCAGUGGCACAAGCGGAUCAGAGCUGACUCAACGCAGUGAACCCCUUUUCUCCUUUAGGCACAACCCUACUAAAUCAUCAGUGACUCCUGAUGGCAGUGACACCAACGGCUGCCUGGCAUUUUUCAGUCUCCCAGGUUAUAGACUGUGUCUGGUGGAUUCCUGCAGGACCCACAGUGAGCCUGGAUUGAAAGUGUCCACUCAAACCAUCUGUUAUCUCUACACUGAAAAGAAAGCCUCUUCUUGCCCCAGUCAGCUCUUCUGUCUAACCUUCAAAUGCCCAGGUUGGCCUUUACAGUAGUGCCACAGCAUCAAGAGAGGCUGCCACAUCGCACACUAAAGAGUUUGAACAAUCGGUUCUUGUUGCUUUUUUAAAGAAUCAUUUCCAAGUGAAGUUGUUACACUGUCUGUCCUGCGUGUGUCAGAAUUAGAUUUAUAUGGAGGUUCAGAGCAGGCAACACCACAUGUUGCUCUGAGAUCCUGUUCUGAAGUACGUUCCUGGUUCUCUGUACUUCUGUAACUGGUGUGAUGCUGUUAAUUGUGUGUACCACACAUCUCCAGACGUUAAUAAAGGACUCAAAGAGGUUUUGUACAUGA